CGAGGACACCACCACGAACAAGAAAGAACCGCACGGUCCCCGUUGCGUGGUUCCGCCGCGUCGCGUGUGCAUUUGCGCGGCCGCCCAAUCCGAUCCGGCGAAGAUCGGCCGCCCGUCCGACCCGGCGAAGAUCGGCCGCUGCUCCGGGAGCACCCCCACCCCACCAGGUGGUAGGUAAUCGUUGCUGGUUCCAGAAGCGUCCCUGCAGCCGGCGCUAGCUGCACGGCGGUGACCUUUCUCAGCGAAACUUGUGUCCUCAUGGCUCAGUCUCAACAGAUGGCGAGCAAGAAACCUCCUGGCCUUAGGCUAUUCGGAGGUGCCGGUUCGCUGAGAACCUACCAGACGCUAGUCCUGGUCCUCACAUUCUUCGCAUACGCAUGCUUCCACAUGACUCGGAAGAUCACGAGCAUCGUCAAGAGCGCGCUGGACCCCCAGACGAAGAUGGGGUUCUCCCACUGGGGACGGCUGCACCUGCACACGAGCGAGGCUCCGGCUCUUAACACUGGCUGGCUGCCGUUCAACACCGCUGACGGCUCAGCGUUGCUCGGCGAGAUAGACGUCGCGUUCCUCGCUGCGUAUUCCAUCGGGAUGUUCUUCGCCGGACACAUCGGGGACCGCAUAGAUCUAAGGAUCUUUCUGACGAUCGGCAUGGUCGGGACUGCCGUGUUCACGGCUCUCUUCGGCGCUGGAUACUGGCUGAACGUCCACAGCUUCUACUAUUUCCUGGUCGUUCAGAUGGUUUCCGGCCUGUUUCAGUCGGUUGGGUGGCCGUCGGUUGUCGCGGUUGUCGGUAACUGGUUCGGGAAGAGCAAGAGGGGGCUGAUCAUGGGCGUAUGGAACGCGCACACUUCUAUCGGGAACAUAGCUGGCUCGCUGCUUGCCGCCUUCCUCCUCGAGUUCGGGUGGGGCUGGUCGUUCGCCGUCCCUAGCCUUGUCAUGGCUCUUGUUGGGUUGGUGGUGUAUGUUUCCUUGCCGGUUAGCCCUGAGGUGAUGGAGAUAGACAUUGCUGGCAGUGGUGAAUUGAACUGUGAGAAGGACACUGGCACUGUGAAGGAGCCCCUUUUGGAACCAGGCCAACAAGUUAAGCAUAAGGCAGUGGGGUUCUUGGAGGCAUGGAGGAUUCCUGGAGUUGCGCCAUUCGCUCUUUGCCUCUUCUUCUCUAAAUUGGUUGCAUAUACCUUCCUGUACUGGCUACCCUUCUACAUCAGCCAUACACGCAUCGGUGGCGUGUACCUCUCCGAUGCAAUGGCCGGCAGCUUAUCGACGAUCUUCGACGUCGGUGGCGUGUUGGGAGGAGUCCUCGCCGGCCACAUCUCCGACCGUCUAAACGCGCGGGCGAUCACAGCUGCCAGCUUCAUGUACUGCGCGAUACCCGCCCUCUUCCUGUACCGCGCGUACGGGAGCACGUCGAUGGCGUGGAACGUCUGCCUCAUGUUCGUCACCGGAAUGUUCGUGAACGGGCCGUACGCCCUGAUCACGACUGCGGUGUCGGCCGACCUCGGCACCCACAGCUCCUUGAACGGCAACUCCCGGGCGCUGGCCACCGUGACGGCCAUAAUCGACGGGACGGGGUCUAUUGGAGCUGCCAUUGGACCGCUGCUGACAGGGUACAUCUCGUCCAAGAGCUGGAGCGCUGUGUUCACCAUGCUGAUGGCGGCGGCUCUCCUUGCCGGGCUCCUCUUGACCAAGCUUGUGUGCGCCGAGCUGCAAGGGAAAACACCUACCAGUGCGAGCAAGGACGUUGCUGAUGCGCAAGGUACUUAUUACUCGGAUGAAGUGUAAAUCCAAAGCUGGUUGCGCUGAAUGCCUAUCUAAGAUAGUGGCCGGUUGCUGCUUCCACUGUCUUUCAUGAUGGCUACCAGUCUGAAGACUCAGGAGGGAAACAGAUUUGGCUGCUGAGUGACUUGCUCAAAUGCCAGUUCAGAUGAUUUUGCGUGUGUGUGUUGGUAUAGAGACAAUAGAAGAUAGAGGUGUGUGCUUGGAUUAGUUUUCAGAUUUUACUUACUAGAUAGGGGUGAAAACACCUCAAAAGCUCUAGAGCCCAAAUACAGGCACAUUUUAGGCACCUUGUAAAUAUGUUUGUUGGGCAAUAAACUCGGGCUUGCACUGGCUGCAUUGCCAGUUACGUAA